ACUCUUUUGUUGUUAUUGUUUCUUAAUUUGAUUAAAGUGACGUUUUUGUUUAAUUCUAUUGUUCCAAUUAAAUUGACAAUAGAUUUAGUUAGAAAUUAAAUGGAUGAUCAAUUGCAAUUACCUCAAAAUGCUGAGAAAACGUUUAAUUAUUUCGGUAAAUAUUUGGGUCUAUUGGUGUUUCCACCUUUCAAAUAUGUUCAAACUCUGGUUGUUCUUGGUGUUGAACCUUUACCUUUGUAUUUAACUAGAACACCUUUGGGUCAACCUAUGUUGGCUUUUCCAUCAAUUAUAUCAAUUGCUCGUCAUAUUUCAAAUGAAUGUGGAUUUUUUCAUCUUUACACUGGUUUCCCUUUAAUUGUAAUCAACCGAAUAAUUCAAAGUCGUGUCCGUAAAUUUCUUGCACCUUACAAAUUUCUCGGAGAUCAGAAAGAACCAGCAAUAUUUGGAACUUAUUUCAUGGAGAAUGUUCAUUUACCUCGAGCCGGUGAAGAAAACGUCGAUGAUGAAAGGGAAGAUGAAGAUGAUGAUGCUGAUGAUGAGUUGGAAGACGAUGGUGCUUAUGAUGAAUUAAUGGAUGAAGGAGGUGGAGAUGAUGAUCCAGGUGAAUUUGUAAUACAUCUAAUGGAUUCAAGUGAAGCGGGUACUAGUGUUGAAACAUUAAGUUCCAAUAUGUCAGAAAUUUCUUUCACAAGAAAUGUUUCACCGUCAACUGAAUUAACCAAUUUCCUGUUAAAUCUAUCAAAGCAUAUUAUUCAAUCUUCCUGUAUUCGAGUCAUCUCACUUUCUCUCUCAUAUCCUUUUGAAGUAUUAUACAUUCGAAGGUGUGCCCAAUAUGUUGGCAAAGAAAUAGUCUAUUCGUCCAUUUUAUCUGGUGUUCGUGAUAUUUAUCGACAUGAAGGUAUCAAAGGUUUUUAUUCUGGUUUCAUUCCUCGAGUUCUCGCCGAAAUGAUUGGUAUUGCUGCCACUCAAACACUUUUCUCGGUUCUCUUUAAACCCUGUGUGACCCGGUCAAAUAUCCGUUUCUUUUUUAAUAAUACAACUCGUAACGUUGCCCGAUAUUUGUUAUAUCCCCUUAAACUAAUCUCUGUGAUAAUGGCCGUUAAACCUUGCGACAGAUUAGCCGCAUCUAAAUUGGAGCCAAACUUUUUUUCAUGGAUUUCAUGCUGGCGAUAUUUAAAUUCAACCGGACAAUUAAGGCGAGGCUAUCAAGUAAUUUGGAGAUAUCAAAGGCAUCUUUCCGUUGAACAAUUUCUCUCUAAUUAUCCUGAUUUACCGUCGAUUUCUCAUCCAAAUUAACUCUCUCCAUCGUUCGAUUAUUAUUAUUAUUAUUAUUAUUAUUAUCUAAAUUUAUCAUAAUUUAAAUCAUAAUUUUGAAUGAUUUCCACCAACAGUAAUACUAAUUAAUAUGAUACUACGUUUAUUACUUGUAUCUCAACAUUGAAAAUUGGAUAAAUUGUUGAUAAAACUCAGAUGUGUCCACACACUCAUCAUAUCAACAAUCAACAAUCAACAA